AUGUCCGCCUCGAUGUCCACGUCUAUGGCACUCGGAGCGCGACACAGCGUCGCGCAAAGAAAGAAGGUAUCAUCAUCUUCAUCGAGACCAAAACAUUUUAGAAGAGGAAGACAUACUGCCAUCACCACUGUCGUCCCGAAAGCGGCGGUUUCGGAGCCUCAAGACAAAGCUGAAGCUGCGGCGGCGCGAUUGAAACAGCUCGAAGAGAUGCAAAUGGACGAAGACGCGAAUAAAGAAGUCAUAUCUUCCGGUGUGCGUCAAGCGUUUCCUUUAUCCAUGGUCAUCGGGCAAGAAAAGAUCAAAUCCGCGUUAUUGCUGGGUGGUGUCGAUGGCGCGCUCGGUGGUAUUGCCAUUUCAGGGAAAAGAGGUACUGCGAAGUCGAUCAUGGCGAGAGGGUUGCACGCGCUUUUGCCGCCGAUUGAAGUCGUGAAAGGUUCCUACGCAAACUCCGACCCAGAAAAUCCUCGCGAAUGGGAAACCGGACUCGCGAACAUCGUGCAAAAAAAUCAAAAAACGGGCAACAUCGAAACCUUCAUCAAAGAAGCGCCGUUCGUGCAGGUGCCCUUGGGCGUCACCGAAGAUCGUUUGGUUGGUACCGUCGAUAUCGAAGAAUCCAUGAAGCAAGGUAAAACAGUCUUUCAACCUGGAUUGUUAGCUGAAGCGCAUAGAGGUAUCUUGUACGUCGACGAGAUUAACUUGUUGGAUGACUCCGUAUCGAACUUGUUACUUUCUGUGUUGGCAGAAGGUGUUAACGUCGUCGAACGGGAAGGUAUUACAUUGAGACACCCGUGUCGACCAUUAUUGAUCGCGACGUUUAACCCGGAAGAAGGUCAAUUGCGCGAGCACUUGUUGGACAGAAUCGCGGUGACUUUGAGUGCAGAUCAAGUCAUGAAGUUUGAAGAUCGCGUUUCGGCGGUCGAUCAAGCCAUGGGUUUCCAAGACCAAGCUGACAUUUCGGUGAAAAAUGCGGCAGAGGCUACCGAUGGUAUUAAAAGCACGAUUAUUUUAGCUCGAGAGUGGUUGAAAGAGUGCACAAUCAGUCGAGAACAGGUUGAAUAUUUAGUCAAGGAGGCGACUCGGGGUAAAGUGCAGGGUCACAGAGCUGAAUUGUUCGCCGUAAGAGCGGCAAAGGCUUUGGCAGCAUUAGAUGGUCGAUCAAAAGUAAACGCGGACGAUUUAAAAGAAGCCGUCCGUCUCGUUAUCAUCCCACGAUCGGAGCUUUCUGACAUGGAAGAACCACCGCCACCAGAGGAUGAGCAACCGCCGCCGCCGCCGCCGCCGCCCGAGGAUAACAUGGAUGAUGACGAAGAUCAAGAUGAAGACGAAGAUGAAAACGAAAACGAAGAGGAAGAAGAGGACGACGUGCCAGAUAUUCCCGAGGAGUUUGUUUUUGAUGCCGAAGGAGUUGUCAUGGACGACGAAGUCAUGCAAUUUGCCAAAGCCACGAAUAGAAGUGGCGGGAGAUCCGGUCGUUCGAAAAAUGUCAUCUUUUCGCAAGACCGAGGACGUUACAUCAAGCCAGUUUUACCCAAAGGCAACACGAUUCGAUUAGCCGUCGAUGCAACGCUGCGCGCGGCAGCGCCUUACCAAGCCGCGCGAAGAAACCGAGAUCCAAACGCGGAGAAGAAGAAAGUGUACGUCGAGAAGGGCGACAUGAGAGCGAAGAAGUUGGCACGAAAGUCUGGCGCUUUGAUUAUUUUCUUAGUCGAUGCAUCUGGUUCCAUGGCUUUGAACAGAAUGAAUGCAUCGAAAGGUGCUGCGCUUUCCAUCUUAGAAGAUUCUUACAAGUCUCGCGACCAAGUUUGUAUCAUUCCUUUCCGUGGGGACGAGGCUGAAGUUUUGUUACCGCCGUCUCGCUCUAUCUCUAUGGCGAGAAAUCGGUUGGACACGAUGCCGUGCGGUGGAGGUUCUCCGUUAGCGCACGGCUUAUCUGUUGCGGCUCGUACUGGCAUCAACGCUAUGUCGUCGGGCGAUGUUUCGAGAGUUACCGUGGUGUGUUUGACCGACGGUCGAGCGAACGUUGCGCUUGGUAAAUCUAUGCGAGAUCCAGAGUUUAUGUCCCCUGAUGCCCCAAAGUUAAGCAACGAGGAGUUGCAGUCGGAAGUUUACGACAUGGCGAAGUUGAUGACCGGGAACGGCAUGUCACUUCUCGUUAUCGAUACGGAAAAUAAAUUCGUCUCCUCGGGUAUGGCGGAAGAAAUGGCGCAAAAGUGUGGCGGUAAGUAUUACUACCUCCCGAACGGAACCGAUCAAGAAAUCGCGGCGGCGACAGCGAAUGCUAUGGCAGAAAGCAAGGCUUGA